GCGUGCACUCUCUAUUUUCUGGUUGGCUUCUGAAUGAGAAUAAUGGGUGGUUGCCCGGCACUUUUAUUAUUGCCUCACUUCGGUGUUUCUUUCUCAUCUCAAGAACAAUGACUUUUUCGGUGUCCCCGCAUUUCUAAAAGAAGAUUGUGGAUUUCCUUCACAUUUCCUCUGCUUGACCACUCCCUCGGACGCUGUGGGAAGAUUAUCAGCUGAAGCUUUCAGAUGACGGUUUAGACCCUCUAUGGCACAUCCGUCAACGUCCUGCCUCUGUCCAUUUGUUGAGCUGCAGUGAGUCCAUCUUCUGACUUGUCAUGGCUUUCACUGCUUUACUGCUGCUGGCCCUCUCCUCCUCUGCCUCCAUCACAGUGGCCGUCUUGUUUGGUGAGCCUAGAAUUUUUGGAGAGGACGCUACUGGUUAUGGCCCCAUAUUUGAAGAGGAACCUGUGGAUGUGGUCUACACUGAAGACUCUCCUGAUGGGAGAAUCUCCAUGAAUUGCAGGGCACGUGCAAACCCACCAGCUUCAUACAGGUGGCGCCGUGAUAACUGGGAAAUCAAGCUGAUGGAGCAGCCAGACGAGCACUACAGCCUGGUUGGGGGGAACCUGGUUAUCACCAACCCUCUGCAGAAGAAACAUGCCGGGACGUACAUCUGUGUGGCUAAGAAUAUUUAUGGCACAGUCAUCAGCAAAGAGGCCAGGGUCAAGUUUGGAUUUAUUCAAGAGUUUCCUGAUGAGGAAAGAGAUCCAGUGUCUGUCAAACAAGGCCAGGGAGCAGUUUUGCUGUGUGUCCCCCCCAAAGCCUGGCCAGAGGAGGUGACCUACCGCUGGAUCUACAAUGAGUUCCCAGUUUUCCUGAACGCAGACCGCCGCCGGUUUGUCUCCCAAAAGACGGGGAACCUGUACAUCUCCAAGGUGGAAGCCCAGGACGCGGGAAACUACUCUUGCUUUGUUUCUAGUCCCAUCUUAGGAAAGAGUGUCUUCUCCAAGUUCAUCCCUCUUAUACCUUUACCUCCUGAUGAUGGCGAGGAGAGAAAGUACCCAGCAGAUAUAAGGGUGAAGUUCGGAGAAACUACUGCCAUGCUGGCCUCUAAUAUUACCUUGGAGUGCUUUGCUCUUGGAAAUCCCAUCCCUCAUAUUGUAUGGAGGAAGGUGGAUGCCACAGACCUCCCAGCAAAUCAUGAAAUAAGUGAAUCCGGAGCUGUACUUCAUCUGUACAAUGUACAGUAUGAAGAUGUUGGAGGAUAUGAGUGUGAAGCCAUCAACACAAAAGGAAAAGACUACCACAAGGCCUGGCUCUAUGUGGAGUCUGCUCCAGAGUGGGCGGAAACCAUCAACAACACUCAGAUCGACAUUGGCUCAGAGCACACCAUGCGCUGCGUGGCAGCCGGGAAACCUUUCCCUUUCAUCCGCUGGUACAAAGAUGGAUAUAUGUAUGGGAAAGGUGAGCUGAAGUUUUCCAGCCUCACUUUUGAUGACUCUGGGAUGUAUCAGUGUAUCGCUGAGAACUAUUGGGGCAUCAAAUACGCCAAUGCUGAGCUGCGAGUCAUCACCUGCGCUCCAACAUUUGAGUUCAACCCUGUGAAGAAGCAGCUUCUUGGAGCUAAAAAUGGACGGGUGGUGAUUGAGUGUAAACCCAGAGCGGCUCCUAGACCUAGAUACACCUGGACGAAGGGCAAAGAGCUUCUCUACAACAGUUCACGCAUUUCCAUCAUGUUUGAUGGGAGUCUGGAGAUCCUCAAUGCCACCAAAAACGACGAGGGUAUGUACACUUGCUUGGCCGAGAAUGACAAAGGAAAAGCCAACAGCUCUGGGUAUCUUACCAUCACGGAGGCUACCAUCAUCACAGUAGCUCCUGAAGACAGUGAGGUUAAGGUUGGUGAUGAGGUGAUUCUGAGCUGUACUGCCUCGUAUGACCCCACGCUGGAUAUCACAUUCGUCUGGGCUAUAGACUUCAGGGUGAUCGACUUUGAUGCUGAGUGGCAACACUAUGAACGUGUUCUGAAUGAAGAUGGCAGUGGUGACUUGAGAAUAAAGAAUGCACAAAUUUGGCAUGAAGGUCGCUACACUUGCACGGCACAGACCGUGGUGGACAACGACACUGCUUAUGCUGACCUCAAAGUUGUAGGUGUUCCUGGGCCUCCUGGCGUGAUCCGAGUGGAAGAGAUUGGGGACACAUGGGUGAAGCUGUUGUGGACUAAAGGAGCAGAGCAUAACAGCCCUAUUCUUUACUACACCAUUCAGACCAGGCACUUCUGGGCUCUGAAUGAAGAUGACUGGAGGGACGCCAGCACUUCUCCAACCUUUCUUGAUGGCAACGUGGAUCGGGCAGAGGUUACUGACUUGUACCCCUGGAUGGAGUAUCAGUUUAGGAUCAUUGCUACCAAUGAGUAUGGAUCUGGAGAGGCCAGUAUCCCCUCCCUCAAGAUCAAAACCUGGGAUGCUCCUCCAGUGGUUUCUCCCACUGACGUGGCAGGCUAUGGAGGUAGAAAUGGAGAGAUUGUCAUCACAUGGACACCUGUGCAGCCGUGGUAUUUCUACGGCAAGAAGUUUGGCUACAUCGUGGCAUUCAAGCCUCAUGAUGCUUACGACUGGUGGUACGAGACCAUCUCGGACCCCGAGACGAGACGACACGUUCACAGAGACACCUACUUCGUCCCGACUGAUGAAGACUUCCAGGUGCGAGAGUUCCAGGUGAAGAUCAAGUCUUUCAAUGUGAAAGGAGAUGGACCCUAUAGCCUCACCAAGGUCGUCUACUACCCAAGAGAUGUACCAACAGAAUCUCCAACAGACGUGUAUGCCAGGCCAGUGUCUUCCACUGAAGCUCUGGUGUGGUGGCUGCCAGUAGUUGACACUGGAACAGGCCUUCAGCAGUAUAUUGAGGGAUACCAGGUGAAAUACUGGAGAAAGUAUGACGAUCCAGAGCCGGGAGCCAACCGUAUAUUUGUUUCGUCGGCGGUCAACCAGACAAGGCUGGAGAACAUGCUGCCAGAUUCUCACUACCUCAUUGAGGUCCGUGCCUUCAAUGGAGCAGGCUUGGGACCACCUGGUGAACACUGUGAGAUGUUCACAAAGAGACCACCACCACCAGAUCCUCCCAGGAUGUGGCGCUACAUCAGCUGGACAGGAAAAUGGCUGUAUGUGUGGUGGGAUCAUAUUCAGUACGACUGGUUUGGCAAUAUCUCCUUCCCCCUGUACUACAAGGUCAUGUUCAGAAAGACGGGUUACAUCUAUGGGAAGGUCUACAUCACUGGCUGGCACUUCAUGGACUUCCCCAUGCCUCAGCUUGGAGACUAUGAACUGAUGGUUCGUGGCCGAUAUGAAGGAGGAGAUGGCCCAGUGCGAAUGAUCAGGCUUAAGGGUAAAGCAUCUAUGAUCACGCCCACUCUGAGCCUAGUGUCGUUGGUGCUGCUGGCGCUGGGCGUUGUGGGAUUGGAAAUUUAAUCCUGCCGCAAGUGACAUGUGUAUAUAAAAUACUCUGGGAAGCAAGUAUAUGGACCUAAGAGAAGUUCUAGUCUUCAUUAACAAUCAGUCUUUAUACUGAUAGUCACUGGCUAAGAUCCUACAUCGUGCGUCUUUUCCUGCUUUUAUUCUGACGAACACCACACUGGAAGUUGUUGUUUUUCAAAAGUAGAUUGGUUGCCGGUCGCUAACACUUUUUUUUAUAGACCAUUUACUGCACAGCGGGAUGUGGACAACAAAAAGGGAGCUGAUGUCUGUUUUAUUUCUGAAAGAGAAGAUCCAAAGUCAGAUGAUUGUUGGAAAACACGAGGUGCUUAAUUCAGUAAUUUAACACUGUUCACGUGAAAGUUGUUUGUUGACUCAAAAAUAAUUAUAUCACUGCACUGCAAUUAAUCCCUAUUCUUCUGUUUGCUUAAUGGUAAUUUCCUCAAUAAUCUGAAAAUGAGUUUGGUGUUAAAAUUAAGAAGAAAGUGUUAGUUAUAGCCCUCAAGUGUGUAAAAUUCAGUAGGUUCAAUUUGUGCAUACAUUUUAUGAAGAUAUGACACCAAACAUUUCACAUUUCUUUUCUUGUGUUUUUUUUUUUUUUUUUUAACCUCAGUCACACAGGUACUGUUGCAGAAGAGGGAUUUUUACUUUAAGAACUCGUGCGUGCUUGAAUUAUCAUCCAAUGAAAGCCAUAUCACUUUGACAUCACUCCCCGAGAAGAAUGAUGAUUUUUCACAAAUGGUUGCAACAAGGAUGGACAUGUGUAUCAUGUAUGCUAAUUUCCUUUAUGUCAGGCUGCAAAAUCAUUAAACAGAGUCUAAUGAAAUUCUA